GUGCUCCGGAAUCGCGUCUUGACUAAAAUGCUCAAUCUAUGGCGCCGAGGCCCUAAAGUCUACGACUGUCUGAUCAAUACCUUCGAACCAGACCCUUACCCCCGGUGGGAGAAAAAGGUUGGUCUGAAUUCGUUCGAAAACUACGCAGAGGUGUUACGCGUACGAGAACAGAUACGGGAGUCUGAACGAGAACUGAAAAGCGCCUAUUUUGAAACGUAUGUUGAGCGGAUUUUUACGAAGAUCCAAAAUUAUCGCCGUCCACUUGAAGCACAACAGAUGCGAGUAGUGGAGAUGAACCAACAAGAAGCAAAAGAGGAGAAUAUUAAGGGGGCAACGUCAUCGACGACCACUUAUCCUGUCGUUAGAAGAACAGUGAACUUCGCACACAGAAUCGCUUGUAAUGACUUCGAGUACCUAACCGGCAUUCCAGUGGAGCAGCUCAGCGUAGCAAGCAACCCAGGAUACUUGCAUCUACCCAUUUAUGUAGACAAAGAGAUAGAAGUUUUACUAGUGAAGAUAUUCAUCCGUUUUUCCACUGCCCCCGCCCCUCCUGCUUCAAACAAGAAAUAGAACCACACCUAAACAAUCUAUGAUAGGUCUCGUCUCUCCUACAACUAGUUGAAGUUGAGUAUCGUCCUAAGUAAUAGGACCAACAUGCCUUACCAUUUUGCGAUCAAAACCAGAGUCGUGUCAAUAAGCAGGAGGGUCCUGUCCUCGAUUUUCCCCUUUCAUGUCCUGCACUUGACGAAGCUUUUUCCGUGGCACUUGCUUGUACGUCUGGCCGCACAGCACUGUAGAGCAGCACAAGCUGACCUUUCCGAACGUGCUAGGUUCUACCAAACGGUCUCUUUCCCGAGUCAAGAGGCGAAGAAGGAGCAUUUUUCUAGAGAAAAGGAACGGGCAGAAGCGAUGUUGAAGUAUAUUUUCGCUACUACGACCUACCAUGGCGCCUACAGCGACUUUGUGCGAGGGAUAAAGGACCACUAUCCCUUGGAUCAUUUGUUGUUAUGGAUCUUGCGGAUCAUGUUCAUUUGGUAGUAUGACAAUGACUAUGCGAGACUUGUGCCAUGCUAUGCAAUUAUAUAUAAAUAUCUUUAUUUUACUCGUGCUGCCAUGCAAGAAUUAUUUAUGCCACCAACGUGAUACAACACGGGUACAGUCAAAGUAGUCAAGCUCCUCCUGCUUUAUUUCCCCUCUGUCUCUCUAAGAAAAGGCAGCGACAAUCGAGUAUCACUCAGUGCGCGAAAGUUAGCACAUGCACGAUGGGACUCAAGUAUAGCAGUGCUUCAGCAGUUACUCGCUCAAAGGAAAAAUUGGUUCCAUUUUCGUUGGCGUUCUGACAUAAAUGUUACAGAAGUAGACAUGUUGUACAGGAAACCCUUGCAGCUGCUAGAAGGAGGAGCAAGAGCAACAUCUUCGAAUGUGAAUACCAGUAGCAGUGCUAGGGGAGCCACGCUGGAGGGACAAGCCACUACGUCAAGCACUAGCGCUACGACAUCGAUCGCAAGAGAAGAAUUCGGAGGUAGAAGUUCAAGUAUUAAGGGUAGGUUAAAGAGGUGCUUUUCUUACCGCUUUUCAUGCCUCUCUCCCUUAGGGUUAGGAUGAGAAGGGCAUAACAAGCGGGGUAAGCGAGCACCAAAAACCUACCUCUAAAAGUAGUUCUUCGUCGUCCUCCAAGAAGAGGAAAACAAGUCAACAGCAGGAGAGAACCGAAACAGGUACGACAACAAGAAGAAAUAAAGAAGUUCUUCCAGGAGGUGGAACAACCGAAUCAACAUAUAGUAUAUCAACCCGCACGAGAGCUAAAAGAAAACUAGUUUAUGCGACGGGGAAGAUUUUUUAUGCGACCGUGGCGGAUCCCCUAGACGUUGCCUUCGAUUGGAUACCAGAAUUGGUUGAUACAGAUCCUUAUGUAAGGAGCGCAGACUUCAUGAAAAGGGCGAAAGUUGUUAAGGUGGGAGAGUAUCAAAGGCUUAUGUUAACUGCGUAAGAGAAGUAGAAGUACUUGUACUAAGACUAAGAUGAAAGAGUAGUGACUAGCUGUAUUAUGACUCUUUGAUAGUGAUGUCAAUAUGAGUUCUUUGCUAGUUAUGCUGUUGUUAUUGGAUACCAGAAUUGGUUGAUACCAGAAUUGGUUGAUACCGAUCUUUGCUAGUUAUGCUGUUGUUAAGGUGGGUGGAGAGUAUUGCUCUUUAUUACGUACUAUCCUGAACUUCUAAAAAGUCCAGUCCUCCAUCAAGUACAUCUGCGGCUCAAGGCGUGCAGCUACAAAAGAAGUGGCUCGAGGUGGACGAAGUUCAGGUGGCAAACGUUAGAGAGCGAAAUGCAAAUGUUAUGGAUGGAGGACGGUUUCGCGAAACCAGAUCACGCAUUGCUCUUCAACAAUUUGGGCUCAUCCCUGGUAGUAAUGCCAAUUCCGGGUUGUCAUUGCUCAAACGUGAAGAGGACACUGAGAUUAUUCCAAUUUCUCAUCUAGAAGGAGGAGAAGAAGCACAUCAUGACGCUGGAGAGGUCGACAGGAGUUCUAGAGGUAGCAUGUCGACAGAAGAAGAUCUUCAUGCAGCUGAUGGAAUUAGUAGAGGAGCAAGUCCUAGCAGUUCUCUUGGUCGUGGUCAUGUAGAUGACAAGCACGACGAGGACGAAGAAGACGUGUGGUGGCGACGUUUCUUAAAGCCAGGAAUGUCACGACAACAAGUUGCACAAGAGAUAACAGAAUCGCUGGAAGGAGCAAAGGCUGAAGAAGAUCGCGGUGACGGUUCUACUUUUUUUUCUACUAGAAGUUCUUGCUCUUGGCCUCCUGCUAAAGGAAACGAAAAGGACGUAGAGAAAGACCUUGCAGAUGAAGAAGAAGGAAGAAAAACAAGUUUUGAGGGAGAUUUCAUGUCUUGUGACGAAGAGGCGGAAGACGAGGAGGAGAAGCGGCUUAGUACGGGGAGUGCUGGUAGUCUUCGCAGAAGUAGAAGAACUACAACGACAGCCCCCUCAGCCUCUUCGUCCAGUUCCAGUUGUGCGAGUCGUGGCCCUUUCCUGAUUCCGCUACCUCAUUUCCGAUUCGUAGAACGGGAAAAGAGAGAGCGUGCGGCCGUUCUAAAUGACCAGCUGUUGAUGCAGAGCGAACAUAUGAGAACAGCGUCGGUGUACGAGGCAUUUAGUACAUCGGUCCGCCUUGCGGAAAACCGACUCUCUACUGCUGAAAUCAACAAGCUUGUCCUGGAAGACCCGAAAGACAUUAUGGCUAGUUGUCUACUAAAUAGCAGCUCAGAGCUGGUGAGUUAUUUCGUGUUGGUGGAUCUUCUACAUUCAUCAUAUCAUGAUCUAUACACUUCAAUCUAUAUCUAAGUAAUAUGUGUUAAGUAACUACUAUUAUAACUUCUUCCAUCUACAACUGAAUAAAUAAACAUGGUAUUCUGUUACAAGAACUCUUCGUAGUUUUCUUCAGGAAUGCAAGAAGUGCCAGUAUUUGCACAGUGAGUCUCUUCAAUGUUCAUCUUCUAAUACCCUCUCUCCUGGAGAUGACUGCAUGAUUUGCUUGGGACCAUUGACAGAGCCUCCUUUUAACAGCGCAGUGGCAGACGAAAGAGGAACGCCGGCCACGGAAAAAGCGAACUCACCAGCUACUAAGCUGAGACACCAACAUCAUAUUAAGGAUAAGGUCGCGAUCGUGAAACUGCCACAGUGUGGUCACAUGCUACACUUAACAUGCGCACUAGAGUGGUUGCACUCCCGGCAGACAUGUCCCUAUUGUCGAGCGACGGUUGUUGUUUCUUAAAGACAGAGUUAAAACUCGAAAUGUUAUACUGAUGUUUUCCUUGAACUCAACCUAAAUACCAAGUUAGUACUAGUAGUGGACAAAGACAUGCCAGAUUCAGAUACUCAUACGUUCCACUCUCACACACCAAAAAAUCAUCAAAUGCCACCAGCGACUAAAUAAGACGCCGUGUUUUAUUUGUUUAUAUCCAUCUUUUGGUGGCGUAGUUUCAAAAACGAGAAACUGAGGUAUUUCCAGCUCUCUUGUUCUUUUCUUUGCUUACUUAGUCAGUGGAAACAGAAGACAAAGAACGAAGAAGAAACUUUUAGUACAGUAAGCAAGACAUUGACAUACUUAAACGAUUCUAC